CGGGGAGGGUUGAUCAGCAGCUUCAGUCAGCUGAGUCGCACCGGGUGGCAGUAGUCACAUUUUGAACUAUCUGACGGACGGUCUCGUAUGUCUUCAACAGCUGAAGUGAAGGCAGCGUGUUUUCGGUGCCGAUUCUACCGAGGUGCCCUUAGUAUCAGUGGGAGGACUUUAGAAGUUUUUUUAGUGUAUCUGCCGAAGUGUAAAGGUGACUUUAAAGCUCUGUAUUUGAAAGGAACAGUUAAAACAUCUGCGUUAUUACCUACUUCUGUUAUUACUGAAGAUGUUUGGUACGACUGGGAUAGAGGAAAAGACCGUAAUUUAUAUAUUUUGGGGCUCGGUUCAGGGUGAUAUUCCAGGAACCCUUUAAUGGUAGAAAGGUUUUGAUCCCAAGCGGAAACUACCCCAAGUGCUAAAGCAUCAUACAUGGCUGCUCGAAAUUUUACAAAAAGUUCUUCGUACAGGACCUUAAAAGCCAAAUGUGCUUGGAUUGCAGUGCAUAGAACUCCUCCGAAACUUUUUUGUGCGCCAUAUUUCUGUGACUGUAGAAACUUGUGCUAGACAGUAACUUGUUGCCACUUUUAAUUUAAAUAUAAACGGCUUAAGAAAAAAUGCGUAAUCACUUUGAGAGAAGUUGGACAGAUUCAGCAUGAUGAUAAACAAUUUGACCAAGGCCUGGGAAGCCUCUCAGGUAGACCAAAUGGACAUCACAGACGAGGAAAGUUUUCCUCCUAGUGUGGAUGAAAUCAGAGAGACGUGCAACAUCGAACUUAGUGAGAUGUAUUAUCAAUCGAAUGAGACUCAUACUUUCCCAGAUUACAUGCACUGCGAAGUGUGUAACAUAAGCCGCUCAGAAUUAGAUGUGUUAGUGUCAGCAGGUUUAUGUACUUCGUCCUAUUUCCCGUACAUGCCGCUGGUUUACGUGAUGUAUUCAUCCAUAUUCAUCAUAGCUCUGCUUGGCAAUUCGCUCGUCUUAUACACAAUCAUCACGAGUCGGAAGAUGCACACGGUCACCAAUCUCUUCAUCGCUAACCUCGCAGUUGGAGACUUGCUCAUCAUGGUAUUUUGCGUACCCUUUUCAGUUGCUUCCAUAAUCGUUCUUCAACACUGGCCUUUUGGGGUGGGGCUGUGCGUCUUCGUCAAUUACGCACAGGCGAUAUCAAUCUUCGUCUCAGCUUACACAUUAGUGGCCGUUAGCAUUGAUCGUUACAUUGCCAUCAUAUACCCGCUGCGACCAAGGAUAACAACGUUACAAGCGAAAGUCAUUAUUGUGCUUAUCUGGUCGCUGGCUUUGCUGACAACGCUGCCUAUAGCUGUCUUUUCGAGUCUUCACCCGCCAGACAGUCGAGUAUACCUAGUUUACGACAAGAAAGUCUGUACGGAGUUGUGGCCCCUUGGAGAGCUCAAACAGUUCUAUUCUAUGGCGCUUAUGGUGCUCCAGUACUUCCUGCCUCUCUUGGUUAUGAUCUUCACUUACUCCAGGAUUGCAUGGAAAGUUUGGGGUUGCAAGAAGCCGAGAAGAAUUUUUCAAAAACAGGCAAAGCAAGGGGGAAAGGCACUGGGGCCUGGAAGAAGCCUUUUAAGGAAAAGCACGUCAGAUCAUUCCCCUGCCAAGAUGAUUAGGCUGACGCUAACUGUUGUCCUUGUCUACUCACUUUGCUGGCUGCCAUUCAACAUGCUCAUUGUGAUAACAGACUUCCAUGAAGAGUUAAUAUUCUGGCCACAUAUACAUCACGUGUGGUUUGUGUUCCAUUGGCUUGCAAUGUCUCAUGCGUGUUAUAAUCCUUUGAUAUUAUGCUGGAUGAAUGCCAAGUUCAGGGAGGGCUACUUAACCUUCCUAUAUCAUGUGCUGCCGUGUUGUAAACCAAAGAUUUCCAAGUACCUUCGUGGGAUGACAGAAUCCUCAAUGCUUCAGAGAUCUCACACCUACAGUUCACGCUUCAGCUCCACACGCAUGUCAAGGAACACCAGACAUCCUGAUGAGAGUAGGGCAAGACGAGAAUCAGUUGGCUCUGAAACUGCUUCCGUGCAGCAUCCAAGCACAGCAGAAUAUCCUUUGAGGAUUAUUCCUGGGUGUUCGUGUGAACGUCCAUCCUCAGUUGUGGGCAGCGUCCCUAAGGAAAAACAGAUUUACGAAUGUUUGGAAAUGUCAAACUUACCAUAAAAUGUUCUCUUUCUUUGGCUACGACCCAGAUCUUAUGAAAUUCCUCCAAAGAAGAAGAGCAUUCGGACUAAUGGAUGAGUGCCGUACCUAUAUUUGUUAAGAGAGAUAUGGGGUUGGAUUAGUCUUCCUAUCGCCUUUUAUUGUUUAGUUAAAUUUGUAAAGUAUGAAGAACAUAUUUUCUUUCCCUGUAUAAAAUAAUUUUCUCUCUUU